CCCAUGAUAACAUACAUUCAGUAAUAUAGCCUUGUCAGUGUCAGUAGAUCCCAGUUGACCGGAGCACCACAUCACAACCAUGACGGGUAUAGCAGGCGACAGAAACAACAUUGCUAAUGGGAUUCUCUCUGGAAUUGUGCUGGGAUGUGGGAUCGUUUUCAGCGCUUUGGCGGCUGUGAUUAUAAAAAAAAUCAUCUCACUUGAGAACCUACCUUCAGACGAAGGCUCACUGACCACAUUGUCUACUUUGCCUGUGUGGGCUUUGGGAUUUGCUUACAUUGUACCGGGACUGAUGGGGCUUGUUGCAACAUUCGUCAAAGCAAAAGGAAUGUACAUCACCCAUAUGGUGUUCUCUAUCAUCACGCUUCUCGCCAUGGGAAUCUUCUUCGUCCUUGGAAUAAUCAGCAUCGCCGCCCUAGCUGAACUGAAUGUAAAUGUACCUCAGUGCAUUCCUCCAGACACCGGAUGUGACAUUCCAUCAAGUCUGUAUUCCAUGUGUAUCAGCGUGAUAGUUUUCAUUAUCUUGGGAUGGAUCUUCACCCUCGUCACUACCAUCCUGUCGGGAAUCCUCGCCUGUCGAAAUGAGAAUAACGCGCAUUUGGUAUACAUGCAGAAUGUGCCGCCAUCAAUGACUACCGUGGCAGUUACCUCAGCAGCCAGUUGCUAUUCUAACCCUAACUAUCCCACGAAAUAUUAGUCACAAUGACGUCACGACGUUGACGUUCAAUCGCAAGACUUGCGUGGGAACUUCCAAAA